CAAAACUCCUCACAACGCACAGUAAAUGUUAGACGCAUCACCUACGCAUUGUAUUUCCCAGUCCACCAGCAUUGACACUACACAGAGUGCUCCAGUCCAUUCAUUUUACUCUCCUAGAUUCAUGAGCCUGCGUCCUUGGAUAAAGAAUUUCUUACCUCCUCCCUUGCCGCAACCAUGCAGUCAACGCCUUCGAGAUGAUCACUCGUCCACGACACUGGACUCGACCGCCUGAGUGAUUGUACACCAACAGUUCCUUCGAGUAGCGCCAAUAUAGAAUUCUUCUCGUACCCGUUUCUCCCAUGCCCAGCCACUCGAGUCCGUCCUCCUCGCCCCCUCCAACCCCUUCGCGCCGCCGACUACGAUCAUGCGCCCGGACGUGCGAGCGUGUCUGCUGCGCCAUAGCCACCUUCUUCCCUCUCGCUUUUGUGUAUAGUGUAACAACAUGGGCGGUGUGGGUGGUGGCGUCGAUCGGCUUCGGAUCUCACCGGUCAAAACAUGUGUGGUGGUUGAUCCAAGCCAUGUCGAUGUUGGGGGUCACCCUCUACGCGUUGGCGAACUGGUCCUACACAGUCGCCGCCUUUACGGAUCCUGGUUCACCCUUGAAAUCUCCUGCGAAGUCCUCGGAUAGGAGCCAGGGGAGAUACUCGAUGCUUCCUACUCACGAACCCCCCACCGAUGCGAGCCAGGUCCAGAGCAUCACCGUUUCCUCGACCGGAGCGCCCAGAUUCUGCAAAAAGUGCCACACUCCGAAGCCUGACCGGACACAUCAUUGCUCUACGUGCAAGAGAUGCGUGUUGAAGAUGGACCAUCACUGCCCCUGGCUGUCCACCUGCCUGGGCUUGCGGAACUAUAAAGCAUUUGUACUCUUCCUCAUAUAUACGUCUCUGUUCUGUUGGGUAUGCUUUUUCAAUGCAGCGUGGUGGAUGUGGAAAGAGCUGUUCGAGCAAAGUGGCUAUCUCGAUGAAGUGGCACCAGUCAAUACUAUCCUCCUUUCCGUCAUAGCCGGAAUCAUCGGUCUGGUACUGAGUGCGUUCACCGGUUGGCAUAUUUAUCUUUGCAUGAACGGCCAAACUACUAUCGAGAGACUUGAGAAGACGAGAUAUCUUAGUGGUGUCAGGACUCUCGUGGAACGAAAUCGCCAGGAGCAACAAUUAAACCACAGCAGACGCAGCUCCGAAGGUGUUGCAGGUCGGUUGCAGCGAGCUGGGGAGCAGUUUCUUGAGUGGAAUGCCAAUGCUGUCCCUGGAGCCUCGCGGUAUGAGGAAGGCGAAGAACAUACUUCGCCUGUCCCGAGUGUCUAUAACACAGCGCGCCGCGAGAACCCGUUUUCUCAAAGCCCAGAUCCGUCCCCCGACAACCGCCGCCACCACCAAGACGCUUUCAGCGAUACCCCAGCCCUUCGGUCAUUGCGAAACACUUACUCCCACAUGGAGGCCGCUCGCGAGCGGGAGAGAUACUCUCAAUAUCUAGAUGAUGAAGAGUCCGAGAAGAUGCCCAAUGCAUUCGAUCUAGGCUGGCGUCGGAAUCUUAACCACUUGUUUGGACCUAAUCGGUUUCUCUGGGCCUUGCCCAUAUGUAAUACCACAGGUGACGGAUGGCGGUGGGAAGUCAGCCCGAAAUGGAUGGCGGCGCAGGAAGAAGCAGUGCGGCGAAAAGAGCAAAGGCUGGCGGCAAUGAUGGACCAUGAUCAACAUGCAGCACCUAGAAAUGGAAGAGACAAUCGGGGCUAUGGGUAUCAAGAGUACGAGAGGGAUCGAGACCGCGACUACACCAUCAAUUUUGACGAGCACCACGAAACUACUGUCCCACGGACCGAGGACGAGGACGUGUACUCCCGCAGCGCCAUGUCCAUGAAGCAUCUCCCUCCUAACCAAAAGAACGCCUCGACGGCCGAUCAGAACAAGAGAAGACAUAGGAGGGACUUUGACCAGAACGAGCCGUUCGAGGUCAGCAGUGGCGACGAAGACAGCGACUCGGAUAUUGGGUAUGACGUUAGGGCUGAGGAAGACGAUGCAGAGAGAGGCUGGAUCAGGAGGAACCGUGCAGGUAGACUAAGAUGAUGGGUCGGGGGAUUCAUCUUGUGUAUCUGGUCGGGACAACGUGGUCCGGGCUACGAUGGAUGGGUCGAUCAACCGAUCCCCUUGGAUACAUCCAAACAAAUCCCCUUGGCAUGCAUGCGCGAUCACGGCUCUGGUUAUGUAUCACACGGUCGACCAUGGGCGCAUUGCGGGACUGGGCUGGGCUGGGCUGGAUUGGAUCGGAUUGGACUGGAUUUGGAUACUUUUAUGCAUGCAUGUAUGUAGGUUAGCGUUCUGCCACAAGGCGCAAAAAUGAACCAAGGCUGCGCUCGGGGCAGCCUGCUCUAUUCUAUCAU